GCGGGCCGUCGGGGCGCCUGGCAGAGCGGCGCCUGCAGCGCGGUCCCAUGUUCUCCAUGCAGGACUCCUUGCCCCGAGGCGGGCUCAGCCUGAAAGAGGAGCCGCUCCCUGCCGGCCUCGGCUCGGUGCGCUCCUGGAUGCAGGGCACUGGAAUCUUGGACGCCACCACCGCAGCGCAGAGUGGUGUGGGCCUGGCUCGGGCUCACUUUGAGAAGCAGCCACCUUCCAAUCUUCGAAAAUCCAACUUCUUCCACUUUGUGUUGGCCAUGUAUGACCGGCAGGGACAGCCGGUGGAGAUUGAGCGCACAGCCUUCAUCGACUUUGUGGAAAAAGAGCGGGAACACAGUGGAGAGAAAACCAACAAUGGCAUCCAUUACCGGCUGCAGUUGCUCUACAGCAAUGGAAUCCGCACUGAACAAGACCUGUAUGUUCGACUCAUCGACUCCAUGUCUAAGCAGGCCAUCAUCUACGAAGGGCAGGACAAGAAUCCGGAGAUGUGCCGUGUUCUCCUCACCCACGAGAUCAUGUGCAGCCGCUGCUGUGACAAGAAGAGUUGUGGCAACCGAAAUGAGACACCGUCUGACCCCGUCAUCAUAGACAGGUUUUUUCUCAAGUUUUUCCUCAAAUGCAACCAGAACUGCCUAAAGAACGCAGGCAAUCCCAGAGAUAUGAGGCGCUUCCAGGUGGUGGUCUCCACGACCGUGAGCGUGGAUGGGCAUGUGCUUGCUGUGUCUGACAACAUGUUUGUUCACAACAACUCCAAGCAUGGCCGCCGUGCCCGCCGCCUUGACCCUUCAGAAGCAGCCACCCCCUGCAUCAAGGCCAUCAGCCCCAGCGAGGGCUGGACCACAGGGGGAGCCACUGUCAUCGUCAUCGGGGACAACUUCUUCGACGGGCUCCAGGUCGUCUUUGGAACCAUGCUGGUGUGGAGUGAGCUGAUCACACCCCAUGCCAUCCGGGUGCAGACCCCACCGAGGCACAUCCCUGGGGUGGUGGAGGUGACCCUAUCCUACAAGUCCAAGCAGUUCUGCAAAGGGGCUCCUGGCCGCUUCGUCUACACGGCUCUCAAUGAGCCAACCAUCGACUACGGCUUCCAGAGGCUGCAGAAGGUGAUCCCACGACAUCCUGGAGACCCUGAGAGGCUUCCUAAGGAAGUGCUAUUGAAAAGGGCAGCUGACCUGGUGGAGGCUCUGUAUGGGAUGCCACAUAGUAACCAGGAUCUCAUCAUAAAGCGGGCAGCAGACAUUGCAGAAGCACUCUACAGUGUCCCACGCACCCCCUCCCAACUUGGCUCCCUGGCCCCAGGCCAUCCCCACACCGCCAUGAUGGGCAUCAACUCCUUUGGGAGCCAGCUGGCAGUCAACAUUGGAGACUCCACACAGGGGGCCGAACAAGGUUACUCCCGGAAUACCAGCAGUGUGUCUCCUCGGGGCUACGUGCCUAGCUCCACCCCUCAGCAGAGCAGCUACAGCAGCAUCACGUCCAGCAUCAACGGCUACGGGGCCACUGGCAUGGCUGGCCUUGGGGUGCCCAGCUCCCCCAGCUUCCUCAACGGCUCCACCGCAAAUUCACCCUAUGCUAUCAAUCCCACCAGCCCACCGCUGGCUGCAGCUUCCUCCAUCUCCCUCCCGGCCGCUGCCCCCACCACCAGCGUCUUCUCCUUCUCGCCGGUCAACAUGAUCUCUGCCGUCAAGCAGAAGAGCGCCUUCGCCCCUGUGGUGCGCCCGCCUGGUUCCCCGCCCCCUGCCUGCACCAGCACUAAUGGCAGUGCCCUGCAAGACCCAGCUUUUGAGGACUCGGACAAGUUCCAUUCCCCACCUGGGGCCUUACAGGGACUGGCCUACUCCUAAGCACACCAUGUCUGGACUCCUCAUCCCCCCCAUGUGAGGCCUGCACAAAGAACACCCUAGCCUUGGACACAGACUCUGGGGACGGGCAGGCCAGCGGCCUGGGAUGGCCUGAAAGAGGACUUCCUGCUGGCAGUGGGAGAGACACCACCUUCUGUGCUUUGGGACCCUGGGCCCUCCCCCCACAGCCCUUCUCUCUUCUCUCCCUUCCACUCUCAGGACUGGCUUCUCUCUUCACAGCACCAUUUGAACUGGGGUGUAUGUGUGUGUGUGUACAUAUGUACAUAUGUAUGUGUGUACAUGUGUGUGUGUGGUUCUGGGGGUGGCUGGUCCCCCAUCCUUUUCCCGUUAUGUGCUCGGGGUGGGAGGGGGUCCUGGGGAGGGGCUGGGGAGGGGCAGGGGUUCAGAUGAAAGGUCCUGUCCUCCAGGAUGCUCAGGGAAGACCAUCCGGUGUCUGGAGCACUGCCUCCCACUCCCUGGGAGGAAUUGCUGCCCCACCCUUGCCUGAUGCCUCCAACAUAUUUGGCCUCGCCAGCUCCUCCCGGGGAGGAAGGCAUGUGCCUGCCCGGUUCUGGUCGGGAGGUGAAGAUCUGGGGAAGGGAUUGGGCCAAGAGCUACAGGAGAGAGGGGCAGGUACUGGGGUGGAAGUUACAGGUCAGAGCGGGGAUCGGGUGCAGAUCCCAGCUCCCCCACAUGGGGGAGCUUUGAGGCAGGGAUAGGAGCAUCGCUGUAGGCCCAGUCUGUCUGACUCCGUUUCCCAGGCCCGAGGCCCAGCAAGCAUCCUCCCUUUGUCUUGCUCCUCAAGGCCAACCCCACCUCACGCACAAUGCCGGCUUUCUGGCUUCCCCCAUCAGGGACAAAGCCAAGGUAACAGAUUCUUCCUCCCGCGUUCUGGGAAAGGCCACCGGCAGCUCUGGGAGAUCUGUCCCUUUAGGCCCAUGGGACAAGCUCCUAGGAGCUGUGGAGUGACCCACCCGAUUGGGAAACCCUCCUACCUGUAUCCUUUUCCUGUCUCCCCCCACCCCAUCAUCCCCUUGGAGCAGGCCCUGAGCCUCCAGCCUGGUGGCCCGCCUUCCUCCCCUUCACUGCCUCCCCUGGGGUUGCUCUCAUUGUCUGUCUCCUAUUGUCUCUUCUCCUGGUGGCCCUUCCCUCUCCCCAGCCCACCAGCUCCCCUCAUCUCCACAGGGCCUGUCCUGCCCUCCCCCUUUCCCUGGCUGGCAGCCCAGUCUGGCUUUGGUCACUUGAUCCAGGAAGGGGUUUGGGAGAAGUGAAAUAAAUGGAGAUACUGAUGCCCCUUCUGCCUCCAGUUCAUGCCUUUCAUAGGUCACGGUCCCACCGAGCCAGAAACACCUCGACCUGGUCCCCUCUUUCUUUCAUUGGUCAUUUCCUGAACCUU